CGGUGAAGCUGAAGUUGAUCUGCGCCCAAGUGCUGCGGGACCUGCUGGGGGAGGCCAUCGAGUAUGACAAGAUCCUUAAGCUGACCUCGGAUGCAAAGUUAGGUGACAGAGCUCACCCUCCCUCCCAUCUGCAGAGUCGGGGGAUGUGAAGGCGACCAUCGCUGUCCUCGGCUUCAUCCUCUCCAGUGCAGCCAAGCACAAUGUAGACAGUGAGUCUCUGUCAAGUGAGCUGCAGCAGCUGGGACUGCCCAAAGGUAGGGGAAAGCCUCGGGCUGGCACCAUGAGCCAGACUUGGUGGGAUGUUGCUGACAGUUCUCACCCAGAUGAAAGCAGGCCGGCUGCUGUGCUGUCCUCCAUCACCUCCCUUCUGUGCCUUCGGUCCCUGGGGGCUCCUCAGGUGCUUUGGUGGGGUUUGGCAGCUGCAGGUCUGCUGUGAGCAGAGGGGUUCUUCUCUUGUGUCCCCUGACGAGCAGAGCACGCCAGCGGCUUGUGCCGUUCCUACGAGGAGAAGCAGAGCCCCCUCCAGGACAGGCUCAGGGCGUGCAGCCUGCGAUGUGAGUGCGGUGUCGGGUCCCAGCAGGGGUGUGGGGGUCGGUGUCAGUCCCCGUGCUGCAGUGAGCCGGGGUACCGACACCAUCCCACUGCCCGCCCUAGUGAGCCAGCUGGGCUCAGUGCGCUGGCGGGUGGAUUACACCCUCAGCUCCAGCGAGCUGCAGGAGGUCAAUGAGCCCGUGGUGCACCUGACCUUCAACGUGCGGGACACGGAGUGCGACAAGAUCACGGCUGUUCCUGUGACGCUCUCGGCCAACAAAUUCUGGGUUCUGCUGGGAGAGCUGAAGCAGGCGCAGACCCUGAUGAACACCCUUUUCUGAGGAUCCAGGAAAGUGCCGCGGCGGGAGGCUGCGACACUGAGCUGGGGGUCCAGAUUGGUGCUCCUGGCUGGGGUGGAGGACGUUUCCGUUUCCGGAGGUCCUCGGGGCAGCUCCAAUAAAGUCCCGGUGACAAAGCUGA